AUGGAUGGCAACCGGAGGUACGCAAAAUUACACGGGCACAAGGCAGUCUGGGGUCACUGGAAAGGUGCCACUACUUGGUUGGAUCUCAUCGAAUGGUGGACAUACUUCAAUACCAACCAGAAUCACCAAGUGAACUACACAACUUUCUGGGCCCUUUCCAAAGAAAACCUACAACGUAAUCCCGAGGAACUUGCAGGACUUUUCGCAGUUUUGACUUUGACAUUCCGGUCUAUUGCAUUCACUGCCAGCAUUCAUCGCUCCCGGGUUCGUGUCCGCUUCAUUGGAACAAAGAAGGGACUUCCACAGCAUGUCAUUGACGCAAUCAACUUAUUGGAGAAGAAAACGGAGAGCUAUUCGCAUGCUGUUAUGCUCGUCGCUGUUGGAUAUGGUGGGAGGGAUGAGGUUUUAUCUGCUGUGAAAGACGUGAUAGAUUCUGGGGAAGAGCUAAAUGAGGAGAAUGUCAGUCGAAGGACAUUUUGCUCCAAGAUAGCUGUUCCCCCAGUGGAUUUAGUCAUCAGAACUUCAGAGAGCAGGACAAGCGGAUUCAUGCUAUGGGAUACACAAAGCACGGAGCUGCACUUUAUCCAUGACAAGCUGUGGCCAGAGCUCAGUGCACGGGACUGCAUGCAUGCCAUUGAAAGCUUUGCAUCCCGUGAAAGACGGGGUGGAAAAUGA